GAAAUCAUAUUCAUCCAGUACUAGUUCCUGCUUGUUCGAAACAGCAUGUCAUUGUCCCAGGGAACAGAGCUCAAAUCGCCAGCUGAAGGGACACCGAGUCCUGGAGAUGCCACACUCACCAAGAACGAGGAUGGCUCUGUCGAGUCCAAUGGAAAAGAAUACUACAUGUCGGGACCGAAGCUUGGUCUUCUCAUUGCUGGUCUGUGUCUGGCACUCUUCCUCCUGGGCCUCGAUACCUCCAUAGUGUCCACCGCAAUCCCAAGGAUCACCAAGACUUUCAACUCGACAACAGACAUUGGCUGGUAUGGAAGUGCCUACUUUCUGUCGCUUUGCGCACUCCUACCUUUGGGGGGCAAGCUCUACUCCGAGUUUUCUCUCAAGUGGACAUUCCUUGGAUUCUUUGCGGUUUUCGAACUGGGCAGCCUCAUUUGCGCCGUUGCGACCAGCUCCAACAUGCUCAUCGUGGCUCGAGCAGUAGCAGGUGCAGGAGGAUCUGGCAUCGUAUCUGGAAUCAUGACCAUCAUAGCCCACACCAUUCCUCUUAAACAGCGUGCUGGCUACAUGGCUGUGGGAGGUGCAACCAUGGGAAUUUCAACCAUAAGUGGCCCUUUGAUCGGUGGCGCACUUACGCAAAGAGUGUCUUGGAGGUGGUGUUUCUACAUCAAUCUUCCUCUCGGAGCCGUCACCGCAAUUGCCCUUGUCACCUUCUUUCAUCCUCCCGUUCGGCCGAACAAACAACGGCCGCUGAUAGAAAGAGCAAAGAAGCUUGACAUCGUUGGCGCUUUCUUAUUCCUCCCCGCAAUAAUCAUGGUACUGCUCGCGUUGCAGUGGGGUGGAAAUGAAUACCCCUGGAAGUCCGCAACAAUCAUUGGUCUAUUUUGCGGCUUCGGAGGCAUGCUUUUGGUCUUCAUCACAUGGCAGCUGCAUCGGGACGCCGGCGCCAUGAUUCCCCUGGGGCUUCUGGGCAGGAGAACCAUCAUCUCCAGCAGUUUGACCUCCAUGUGCGUUUUCGGAUCAUUAUUCGUCGUCAUCUACUACAUCCCCGAGUGGUUCCAAGUCAUCAAAGGCGCGUCGCCCGUCAAGAGCGGUGUGAUGAACAUUGCCCUCUUCGUGCCGCAAAUCAUUGGGUCCAUCACUGCAGGCACGAUGAUCACCAAAAUAGGUUACUGCAACCCUUGGAUUCUAGCUGGCUGCGUCUUCACAUCGAUCGGAGCCGGUUUAUUUUCCACUUUCAAGGUGCACAGCGGCCACGCGGUCUGGAUCGGAUUUCAAGUUCUCAGUGGUCUCGGCUACGGCUUCAGCAUGGAGACGCCGUUGACCGCGGCCCAAACCGUGCUGACAACUGAAGAAGCGGGCGUUGGCAUCUCCCUGGUCACUUUCUUUCAAUUUUUCGGAUCCUCAGUCUUUCUUGCCAUUGCGCAGACCGUCUUCACCAACACGCUUGUGAGCGAACUUACUAAAAACGUGCCUCAGGUCGACGCUUCAACCUUGUUGCGACUGGGUACAUCUGCCGUUCGAGGUUUUGUUACGAAGGAAGAGCUUCCUGCCGUUCUGGCUGCAUAUAACAAGGCUAUAACAAGCACGUUCUAUGUUGCGGCUGGAGCUUCGGCUUGUGGCUUCUUUGCGGCUUUGUUGUCAGAAUGGAGAAGUGUGAAAGGGAAGGAUACGGCAAAGCAGACUGUGAAAGUCUGACGGAGCAUACUUUCGGCAUAAUUAAACAGGUGCAAACUUGAAAAUAUAGGGCGUAUCUAGCCGUAAGGUCAAAAGAGAUAGGACCUGGUCCUCAGCCGCAACCGUGAGCUGUUGAGAAUUGGUGGACAAAUUGCCGAUUAUAGGAACAUUCCGAGUCAGAG